CCAUCACCAUCUUUGCAUCAGCUUUCAAUUCGCGUGUUCCCGUAAGCUCUUUAGGCUCUGUUAAGCUUCACUGCUUGAAGAGAUGGCGGAUAUACCUACGCGACCUCCUGCGCCAGCACCACCGCUCGCCGCCGGAUGGACAGAGCACAAGGCGCCCUCAGGGCACACGUACUAUUUCAACAGGGAGACUAAGAAGUCAACAUAUACCCGCCCAGUCGCCGAAAUUCAGUCGUUCCAUGUCGCUCCCACUGCCCCGUCGUCGUUUACUCCUCCACCGCAGGAUGAUAGCUACAACAUCCGACCUGCCCAAAAUGCAUACAAUCCGCAGCAGCAGAUGCAGAACCUCAUCUUUGGCGGCGCACCCAGGCAAGCUCUCCAGCAUAGCGGGCAGCAACGAGGUGGGCAUCGUGGUGGGCAUCGAGGAGGGCAAAACAACUUUUCGGAGAGAAGACGCGAAAAGGACGACAAGCCUAAGCACCGCAAUGACAUUCCACACUGCGCACCAUGGGUACUUGUCAAAACAAAAUUCGGCAGACGAUUUGUGUGGAACAAGGAGACGAACGAGAGCUUUUGGAAGUUUCCACCGCACGUAAUGAAGGCUGUUGUAGAGUUUGAUCGCAAACAGCGUGAGAAGAAGGAGCGCAGGGAGCGUGGGGAGCCCAGCGACGUCGAAGAUGAAGAGGACACCGCGAUGGCAGACAUCGAGGCAGAAUUGGCUGCAGGCGAAGAAGAGGUGGAGAUCGUCGAGGUUGACGGCGAGGAAGGCAUGGAGAAUGACGAAGAGUACGAGGAGGUCGAAGUGACUGAUGACGAGGGAGAGGGAGCCGAGAGCGCACCUAAACGUCAACGGACAGACGAACCGAUCAGUAAUGAACCGCAAGCUGCAGAAGACGAUGAUCUGGCAUGGCAGCUGGCGCAGAUGGAAGAGAUGGAGAUGGGCGGAGGGUACGAGGACGAAUAUGUUGAAGAAUACGAGGGCGAGGAGCCUGUAUUGACGGAAGAAGACUGCAAAGCACUGUUCAAGGAGCUGUUGGACGACACACGCAAAAGCCCCUACACACCAUGGGAAAAGAUCCUCGAGGAGGGCGUGCUCUACGAUGACGAACGCUACAAAGCUCUUCCCAAUAUGAAGGCACGAAAAGAUUGUUUCGACGAGUGGGCGCGCGAAAAGAUGCAAUAUCUCAAGGAAGAGAAGGCAAAGCAACAAAAACGCGAUCCUCGGAUCCCCUACCUCGCCUUCCUCGACCGCUAUGCAACGCCAAAGCUCUACUGGCCAGAGUUCAGACGGAAAUACAAAAAAGAGUCCGAGAUGAAGGACACCAAGCUCUCCGACAAGGACAAGGAGAAGCUGUACCGCGACCACAUCAAGCGCCUCGGUAUGCGUCCUUCCGAGCUGAAGUCCGACCUCUCAGCUCUCCUGCGCACACAACCACUUGCCUCGCUAAACCGCUCCACAACAAUCGACACGCUUCCCUCCGCCAUCCUCACCGACCUGAAGUACAUCUCCCUCCCAUCAUCGACACGUGACUCUCUUAUCGACGCGUACAUUUCCACGCUCCCAGAGGCACCCGAAGGCGCCGCGGCCUCUGCCGAAGAGGACGCCGAGCGCGCAAAGAAGCGCGCCGAGAAAGAGCGGAGAGAGAACGCGCUCGCCGAGCGUGAAAGAAGGGUACUGGCUGACAAGCGAAAGCAAGAGCGCGAUCUGGCAUACGGAAAGGGGAGAUUGAGAGAGGAAGAGGAGGAGAUCCAGCGAGCUAUGAACGUCGGGAAGGAGGGGCUGAAGAAGCAUUUAGACGAGUAGUUUGGCCAGUCAAUAAGAUACCCAUAGCGAGACGACGACUUGUCGUUUACACUUUUUUUUCUUGCUCAUCGAGCAAUGCACGAUAUAUUAUUUGUGUGACUGGAAUUAGCUCUGACAUUCUGCUACAAGUGAAUGCAGUUACAAACAAU